AACGUGGCGGCCGGCCUGGCGGUGCUCCAGUCCGCGGAUCGCCACUCCGACGCAACUCCGUCCGGCUCCGAGAGAUCAUGGCCGGGUCCCCGCGCACCCCGCUGCUCCUGCUGGCCGCCCUGGCCGUCGUCCUGGCCCUGGCUGUGAGCCCCGCGGCUGGGCAGGGUCCCCAAAAGAGACGCCUAGUGGGCGGCCUGAUGGAGGCAGACGUCAACGAGCAGGGCGUCCAGGAGGCGUUGUCCUUUGCCAUCACCGAGUUCAACAAACAGAGCAACGAUAUCUACCACAGCCGCGCGCUGAACGUGGUGCGCGCCCGCAAGCAGGUUGUGGCCGGGAUAAACUACUUCUUGGACGUGGAGAUUGGCCGAACUACAUGUACCAAGUCCCAGCCCAUCUUGGACAAAUGUCCAUUAAAUAACGAUCCACACCUGAAAACGAAACAGCUGUGCACCUUCCAGGUAUACGUCGUGCCCUGGAUGAACACUAUGUCCCUGGUGAAGUCCGACUGCAGGGAUGAAUAGGGGACUGGGCAUCAGGCAGACCACUGACCACCACUCAUUCAUGCCACCCCCCCACCCCCACCUCCACCCAGAGUGCCCACGCUUCCUAUGGGUGACCCGCCUGGUGGACCUGCCCUCCGUGUGCCGCCCCAGCAGACACACAGAGAAGCCUCCUUGGGCAUGUUUUGAACUGCUAAGGGGUUCUAACUCAUUUCUCUCUUCUAAUUGCUUUCCAAGUGAACCAAAUGCCCGUGCUCUGCUCUUUUGCUCAAUAAAAACGUAACAGCAGCUA